AUGAGAUCCGACCACGUGUAGAACAAGCGCCGCAGAAUCCCACCACAGGGGAAUAUCCACUCGGGUAUGUCUUAAAAGGAACACCACUUUUGGAGUAAAAAUCCGGCAUCGCAGGUUUCCCAUAAUAAAUUCCUCAUAAGUUAUUUUCAUUCAAUUAUUUUCCCAUUCAGUAAAUUAGGAAAAUUAUCUCGAUAGACAUCUUGCUCGAAUAAAUGAAAGAAAAAUUCAGAUAUCCCCUUGUUAUUACAUGGAAUCCAAUAAAACCCAUUAAAAAGUGUAAUUAUUAUAAUCGCCUAAGUCAGAGCCUAAUCUUGCACCCUCAACCGCCGUAUUAUUCAAUAGAUAAUUUUUUAUAAAACCCAUAGUAUCCGAAGAUAAUGAUAAAAAAGGGGAUGAAACAUAGUUUCCAAAAAUGCAGCUGCCACUAUUACGCACGUGACUGCGGCUAAGUCUCCGAUCACGGGGCCGCGCACGAGUGGAAAAGGCAUAGGGGCGGAAGCAGCGCGGGGGAGGGGGGGGUUUGAGAAUAACCCUUUUUGGAAGGUUGUAACGGAAUCUUUGUAGACACGGUCAGCUUGUCCGUACUCCUGUUCCAACCGAGGGCCACGUCAUCGGCGGCGGAGGAGGAGGAGGGCCGUGAUUUGCCGUCAGCCGCCGCGCCACCGGAGCGGUCUCUCUCGUCCAUUCCGAUCGGGACGGCGUAGCAAGGGAGAACACAGGGGUCGCAGAUCAGUGAUGGGGGGGCCACCGGCGACGGGUCCGUGGGGAGGACUGAGGGGAGAAAUGGCCGAAGGAGGUGACGACAGCUAGACGUCACAGGUGGCCGUUUUCCAUGGCUUCCGCCUUCCCUUGGCUUCACCUUCUUUAUCAAAGAUCCCAUGCUAUUUCCAAACGCGUAUCAUCCAAGGCUUUCGCAGGGGGGAGUGGCGGUUUGUCCCGCCACCAGACCUCCGGCGAGAGGACGGCGGCGUCCUCGAGAGGCAGUGGAAGCAGGAAGAGUGGGUGGUCGCAUCGGGGCUCUCCCCGCUGGAGCUCUCGACGUGCGUCAUCUGAGUAA